AUGCCUCCAAAGGUUUCUGCAAAGGGAGCUAAGAAAGCCGUCAAGGCCCAAAAGCCGAGAACUGGCGACAAGAAGAAGAAGAACCGGAGAAAGGAGUCCUACUCAGUUUACGUUUAUCGUGUUCUGAAGCAGGUUCACCCUGACACUGGGAUCUCUUCGAAGGCGAUGUCAAUAAUGAAUUCUUUCGUUAAUGACGUUUUCGAAAGGAUUGCAGCAGAGGCUAGCCGGCUUGCCCAGUACAACAAGAGGUCUACCAUCUCAUCCCGCGAAAUUCAAACGGCAGUCAGGCUUAUUCUGCCUGGAGAACUUGCGAAACAUGCCGUUUCAGAAGGUACUAAAGCUGUUACCAAGUACACCAGUUCGAAGUAA